AAGAGAGCGCUCGCUUUCUCCACCCUCUUCUUCGGCUCGUCGUCAUUACUGCGAUUAUUCUUUUCGUAGAUAGAUACUUCGAUGGGCUUUUCCUCUUCUCCAUGGCCGAUCACGCCACCUGCGCUAGAUUGACCGGCGUUGCCCGCACCAUCCCCGAACCGGUGGCCGGCCCGCUCCACUCGACCCGGUGCAAACCCAUAGCGGGCUUCCUCCGCUUCCACCUCACGCUCCUCCACUCCCUCUCCUAACCCCCGUCGAGCGGCCCUGAUGGCCCGGGUCUUCCUCCACCACGUCGUCGGCGACCUCACCCUCGGCAAGCCCGAGCUGGUCGAGUUCUCCGAGGCGGAGACGGUCGAGGCGGCCGUCCGCGCCAUCGGGGACUCCGCGGAUGGCGCGAUCGCCGUCUGGCGGAGGAGGCCGAUGGAGCCGGCGCCGCCACCUUCGGCUGAGAGGUUUAUCGGGAUGUUGACCUCGUUGGACGUGGUGGCCUUCCUCGCCCGGGCCGGCGCCGACCAGGAGAGGGCCAUGAGGACGCCGGUCUCGGAGCUGGUGGCGCCCAACCCCAGCCUGCUGAAGGAGGUGGAUCCUGGAACAAGGUUAAUUGAUGCACUGGAGAUGAUGAAACAAGGGGUAAGGCACCUCCUUGUGCGCAAAAGCAUCGUGUGGAAAGGCUUCAGCAAGCGCUUUUCCAUUCUUUACAAUGGUAGAUGGCUCAAGAACACUCAGAGCUCAUCCUUGGGUGGAGAAAGCAACAGUGACCGACCGUCAACUUCUGCUCUCCCUGACAACAAGUUUUGCUGCCUCUCUCGGGAAGAUGUGGUCCGUUUUCUGAUAGGUUGCCUCGGUGCUCUAGCCCCGCUUCCUUUAUCUUCAAUCUCCUCGGUCGGAGCCAUUGGUUCAAACUAUGCUUACAUUGAAGCCUCCUCACCUGCCCUUGAAGCCAUCUAUAAGAUUCCUCAUGACCCAUGCGCGAUUGCAGUUGUUGAGACAAACUCCGAAGGCAGUCACAAGAUAAUCGGAGAUAUAUCCGCAUAUAAGCUAUGGAAAUGUGACUACUUGGCUGCGGCAUGGGCUAUGGCAAACUUGUCAGCCGGACAAUUUGUUGUAGGAGCAGAUGAUUAUGGCACCACACCAGUUUCCGUGCCGGAACUCCCCAUUGAUUCAUCAGCAGGUGAUACUGGGGCUGGAGACUCAUCACGACCUAGGAAAUUCAGCAGCAGGAGUAUCGGGUUCUUCAGUAAUCAGGCGAACCAGAUGUCGAUCGGGAGGCUGAGGAGCAUGUACCGCGGGAGGAGCGCACCCUGGACCUGCAAGCACACGAGUUCACUGGCUGCCGUCAUGGCCCAGAUGCUGUCCCACAGGGCCACCCAUGUAUGGGUCACAGAUGCUGAUUUGGACGACGACACCUUAGUUGGCAUUAUCUCCUACACCGACAUCCUGAAUGCGGUCACCAAGCAUCCGACACCAUGAAUUUGUCUCCUCCCGUGUUGUGUUUGUUUGAUCAUCUUUAAAGGUUUUCAGGCACCCUUUUCUUCAUACUGAAUCAAUAGAGUUAUGUAUGUAUGCAUAUGGUAUAUGAUGAACUAUACUCUUUGUCAUCUGAGCUUUGCAUCAUAUUUCUGUAUACCUAUGUUUGUGACAUGUUAAAAUCAAUGAGAAAGGGAUAUAAUGUUAUGGAGUGAA